AUGAAGGAGAAGGAGGAGCCAGUCAAACCUAGCUCACUUUGUGCUUUGCCUAAGAUCUAUCGCCAUAUUGAUCCAACCAAGCCGCGAACCGAUACGCUGAAACCUGAUGGCUCUGAGAACAACAACGACCGAGUAGACAUUGGACCGACUCCGUUGGCUUUCAGUGAGUGGGAACAGCUGGGUCUGGAAUUGCCCCAUCUACCAAGAAUGCGUGCCUAUCGGUUGCAGCGCAUUCGCGAGCAAUUGAUUGCCCGCGAAUUGGGUGGCAUCCUCCUUUUCGAUCCGCUGAACAUUCGUUAUGCCACCGACACUACAAACAUGCAGCUGUGGACCGCACAUAACCCUGCCCGGGCCUGUUUUGUUGCGGCGAGCGGUUAUCUGGUGCUAUGGGAUUUUCAUGGCUGCGAGCAUCUCUCUUCGCAUCUGCCUUUGAUCAAUGAAGUACGCGCUGGUGCUUCAUUCUUCUACUUCGAAACCGGUCCCCGUACCAAUGAACACGCUCAGAUUUUCGGUGCACAAGUCGAUGAACUACUCCGAAAUCAUGCUGGAGACAACCGCCGGCUAGCUGUGGACCGUAUCGAAGCUGCGGGACUACGUGCCCUCGAAGCCAAGGGGAUAGAAGUUUGUGACGGGCAGGCUGUUACUGAGCACGCGCGGAUGAUCAAGGGCCCUGACGAGAUCCGGGCUAUGCGGUGUGCCAUUGCCUCCUGUGAAGCCGCCCUCGGCGAAGUGCGUCAGGCAAUACAAGCUGGCGUUACCGAGAACGACGUCUGGGCCGCUCUACAUGCUGGAAAUAUCCGUCGUGGCGGUGAAUGGAUCGAAACUCGUCUUCUUAGUUCAGGACCUCGCACCAAUCCCUGGUAUCAAGAAUGCGGCCCGCGGGUCCUUCACGAUGGAGACUUGGUGGCUCUCGACACUGACCUUGUUGGCGUUUACGGUAUGUGCGUGGAUGUGUCGCGUACCUGGAUAUGCGGCGACGUGGAGCCUGCAGCAGAACAGAAACGUCUUUAUCGCAUCGCACUUGAACACAUCAAAACCAAUGCCGAGAUGGUCAAGCCCGGAGUGAAAUUCUAG